AUGAGUUGGAUGGACAGCUGGUCAAGACCUUCGAAGCAUCAGUCCGUUCCGGCACCCUUCUAUCUGCUCCCGGGGGGAGAGACGACUCCUUAUUGCCACUCAUGUGGUCGAGUAAUCAAUUCGCGGCGAAAGGCGCAGCCGUCCGUAAAGGACGACGCAGACAAAACCCCUGUCAAAUACUGCUCAGCUAGCUGCCGGGGCCGCAAGCCGGGAAAGGUUGACCGUGAGAUUGAGGCAGUAUUCUUGCGGUUCCUGCAGGGCGAGGGAAAGCCACCGUCACUCGAUGAGGGCAGCAAGCGGGCACAGAAGUCGAAGAAGGGAUCCGGUGGAAAGCGAGCAAAGGGCGACCAGAGGUUGCUGAUAUCGUGCGACGAAGUCGAGAAGUUUGUAUUUGGCCCGACUGAUGAAGGGGCCAGCACGGCCUGCUCUGGCUCAGAAGACGAUCACGAGGGAGAGGGCGAAGGUAAGAACGGCAGUGCCACGGGGAUAGCCCUCGAGGCCACAUCAUCAGAGCCUCGAGACAUGGUUCACAAUUCUGGAACUCUCAUAGACCCAAUAGAAGAUGCCGCGCCCUAUAUAGACGGGGAUGUUCUAGCCCGCAUGUCUGCCCGCAGCGGAACGCGGGUACGGCCGCCUCAAUCUACGUCGGAAGUCAACGGUAGUGUGGGUGGCGAGAAGGGCCGGGCGAAGAGAGUAGACGAGACGGAUGAGAUGCUGGAGAAGCGCAGGCAAGGCCAGAAGAAGGCACGGCAGAGAGAGAUGGUCAGAUGUGCAGCGAGACGCGCCGUCGUGUUCGGGCUCUUCGCUGGCGAUGGGCAAGGGGAAGGGGAAGGGGAAGGGGAAGGGGAAGGGGAAGGGGAAGGGAAAGACAGGAGGAAAUGCGAGGCCGUCAUGAAUGGCCAGGUCGUCGAGCCCUCGUUUGCCAAGGGAUCGUGGAGCAUUCGCUGGAGAGAAUGA